AUGGGAGAGGCUGAGAGUAACGGGGUCAAUCAUCUGGCUUACCCCGCCGAGGAUCUCGAACGCUUCACCAUCAAAGAAAAGGGACCAAAUUCCAUCCCGGCCCCAGCAACCAGCCCAAUAAUCCCCGCUUCCCAGGCCACUAUGGAUUCCUUUCGAGAUGUUACGGCCGAAUUCUUUGACGCAUCGGAGAGUAUGCCAAUUCUUUCUUGUCACAGAAACUAUAAAGUUAACUCCUCUGAAUUAUAGAGCUAGAGAUCGGCCAACUAAUUAAGGACCCAUACUUCACUCUACUUCAAGCAGUCGGCGCUUUGGAAGUUCGUGCAAUCCCCUUUUCCCACCUAUCUUCUCAUUGGGCUUGGUCAAAGUACGUUAUUGACGGUUUCUGGUUGCGACGGUCAGAUCAUGGAUCCCAAGAUGGACAGUGGGAUGCUACUGGCGGAAUAUGAAUCAUUCGACGCAUUACAACCAAGACUGCCGGAGGAGGUUGUGGGGAUUAUGGAUCAACUCCUAUGCCAUGAGGUAAGGGGCCAUUACCUGCAUUGACCAACAGAUUUGCUUAUGGAAAUAGAUGGCAUGGCAUGCAGGAAGUGCUCUUUCGCAAACACUAUUUACUUCACUUUACAUAGAUCGGCUCCUAUCUUCUGGCCCUUCUACUCUUGCUGAAGCGACAUUCCAAGGACCUCAUGGAAAGAAAACCGAUACUCCCGAGGCUCAAUUGCUGGAAAACGUGUUGCAGCCCUUCUGCGUUGGGUUGAUCAAAUGCUGUUGCCAUGUUAACCAUCAGAUACUGACAGAGCAAAUUUAUGAGGUUUGUAACGAUGGCCUCCCUCUCCAAUUUGAUAUCAAACUAACAUUAUGCUAGGAAGAAGACUUCGUGACCCAGGUCUACGGCGUUAAUCUGCUUGAAGAGGUGAAAUCCGGAGAAAUCGUGGCCCUUCUGGAGAGCGCUUUGUCGUGGCUAGAAGGGACUGGGAACUUGUACUCUGAAGAGAUCCGCAAUGCUUUCAAGUAUCGGUUGUUGCUCCGCAAAUCACUAGUACUUGUAUUUUCCGGCGAAACCAAAGAAUGGUCUCCCGAAACUACUGAUGUGUGGGUUACAUCCCUUGAACAUGUGAAAGGAGUUGAAGAAACCUCCAGAGUGGGUAGAGCUGUCCCUGCCGCCUUCAGCAUAUCCGUGCAAAGGAAGCUGGCAAGUCAAGUGCCGCCACGAGCAAUGGUCAACUAUCCAUUCAGGGACGCCAUCUCAGAUUUAAUGAGGUUCUGCGCUGAAGGCAAGGAUAUUUUGAAGAUUCUUGAUUUUGAGGGAUCAACAAACUUAGUUGUAAGCAAUUAUCCUUUUCUACAUAACGUGUCAGUUUACUAAACAAAGUCUCUUGUCCGUACCACCAGAACUAUUUUUUGAACUUCAUGACUCGCCAACCAUCCCCUUCGCCGUAUAUUCGAUCUCUCCUCCAAUCCGUGUUUUUCGGACAGGUGGAGAAUCCAGGAAAAUUUCCAAUAAAGCAACUUCUCUACGAUGAUCUCAAGGAACUCUGUUACCCAGCGGAUAUCCUAUUAGAUCCUCAGAACGACCUAGUCGAGGCGCCACAAGACCCUAGGUUUGAGAUAAACAAACGCAUGAAUUGGUUCAUAGAGAGAGCAGGAAAGGUUUUACAUCUAACCCCCCAAGCUCAGGGAGAGGUAGGGACUAACUUUGUCUUCUCAGUCUUUCCUGGAAUUCUUUCGGAACAUCUGCCAAAAUAGAUCGCGAUUACGUAGAACUCUAUGCCAUUCUAUUCUGGACUGGGAUUCCCUCCAAGUCGAGGUAAAGUUAGCCCGUGCCCGGAAGAGCCAAUUUAUUAACAAGGAGGUCAUCUAGGCAGAAGAAGUAGAUUCAGAGUUACGCCAAUUCACUAACGAAGAGGCAACAAUGACUGCAAAUGGGCCUAGCUUCGCGUUUCCAUUAUCUUCGUGGGUCUAUCAUUACAAGCUACGGCAGAUGGAAUGGAUCAUGCUCCUAGGGUUUGAGUUGGAGGUUUUCCAAACGCACGAGUUCGCUGGGAUGUACUGGUAUCUACAGCAUUACACGCGCACAAGGAUAAGCCAUAUCGAAAGAAUGCUGCAGUUUGCGAACAGGCCCACCCCUAGCCCUCUGUUAGAAAGGAGGAAGGAACCACGCUCAAACCAAGCGCAGGCAAAGAGUUUAUCACUCCUGAAUUUCUAUCUGCUGGAGGCCGCCGGGGUGCAAGAGUUGGCAGGCGCUAUGAUCAGUGUAAGCGCGCUCCUUUGGAAGUGGUUUGCUGGUUCGUAAACUGACUUUCCUAGCUAUUCACCGCUCUUUCAAGGCUUAAUCUGCUCAAGAAACCGCCCCAACCCUUCAGUAGUGAUGCCCUUAGAUAUGAGGUAAGGAUGAAGCCAUUCUUCACCAUCGGCUGCCCAGAGGUGGUCCCCUUCGAGGAUUUCCAGUCCCUGGUCGGUGAUCAGGAGAUGGAGGUUAGCGCCCCCUUUCCUAUCAAGCGGGGAAUUCACUCAUCAGUCUUAGACACCCGAACUCCUCGAAAUGGCCUCCGAGAGCGCAACAGAUGCGAAGAGGAACUUUGAUCAAUUAUCCAAGCUAGAUGCCAGAAUUGCCCGUGUGGUUCUGUGCGAGGAGAGGUAUAGAACGGUACGGCGGCUCCAUCCUCUCUCUGUUGAAAUUGCUAACAUAUAUACCCAGAGCAUGCGCGAGAUGAUGCGGUCCUGCAUCGGAGUUGGGGUGGCAACAGCAGUGCUCUCUAAAGCACUCCAGGAGGGCAAAGCGAGCCCUGAACUCCUGGAUGUCCAGAUAGACCGGGAGAGAUAUCACCCCUCUUUCCCAGCGCCGAAAAUAGUCGUCAAAAAGCGGUAGGAUAGAGUUAUCAGAUUUCAUUGUGAUAGAAUCAUAAAUCCUCACUCGUCAGCCCACUCUUCUGGUUCGGGUGGAUGUGCGAGGGAAUAAAGGCAGACUCCGUGUAUUCUAAUGAUAAGGUAUAAUGUGAAUGGGAUAAACUUUAGCAUUACUAAUACAAGGGGCAAGCAUCCAGGCUAUCGUGAGAGAAACCAGCAUAACCCCAGGACGGGAGGUAGGCCGAUGCAUGACACAUGAAAGCAACAAGCCAAUGAAAUGUCCACACAAGAUUCCCAACAAACACCAUUGACAGCCAGAAUCUGAAACUAAUCUUUGCCAGCAACACCACCAUCGUUGCCACCGUCACCAUUGACCAGCCCCUCCGAUUCAAUCAGCAUGUGAUAGAUGGUUGGGUUUUUCAGACGCCGGGCAACGACCAACGGCCCCUCCACCAAGUCCCCCGAAGUCCCGUCGGAAACCUUCGCUCCGGCCUCCAACAACAUGCGCACAAUCUUCACGUUACCACUCGCAACGGCGAUACCGAGCGCGCUCCUCCCACUACGAUCAAGCCUCUUUAUAUCGGCGCCGCGCUCGAGCAGCAGCUUCACAAUCUCAGCCUCGCCCCUCGAAAUGGCAAAGCUCAGCACCGUCCUGCCACUGUGCACGUAGGUCCGGCGGUUGAUAUCCUCGCCGGCAUCCAGCAGGGCCCUAACGCUCUGCACCUUCUUGGAAUUGAUGGCGGUGUAGAUGGCGGUGCGUCCGUACACGUCCUCGAUGCCGACGUUGACGCCGCACUCGUGGAGCAUCAUCCGCAUCAUCUCCACAUCGCCCUCUAUAGCGGCCAAGUGCAGGGCGCUGACGUCACACCUUUCCCGUAGGCCCGGGUCCGCUCCCGCCCUCAGCAGUCGCCGGGUGAGACCAAGCUUCCCGCGCCUGACGGAGAAGUACAGGGCUGCGUAGCCGACUAUGUCCGUUCCUGCGCCCUUGCGCAGGGCGUAGGAGACCAGAUCCUGCACAUCCACGUUCUCCGCCUGGUCCGCCGGGUACUUGUAUCCAUGUAUACGGUGGGGGGUGAGUGACAGGAGGCUUGCCAGGAGGGAAGGCGACGGGGCCAGGAUUGCGUGGUAGAUGGCGCUGAGGUGGUCGACUCCGGGCUCGUGUGCACGGCUGACCAGUUCCCGGGAGAGGCGGGCGUGCAGACAUUUUGA